UACACCUGCCUCCCCCCCUACACCUGCCUCACCGUCUACACUUGGCUCCCUCCUCCUACACCUGCCUCCUUCCCCCUACACCUGCCUCACCGUCUACAGUUGCCUCCCUCCCCUACACCUGCCUCCCCCCUACACCUGCCUCACCGUCUACACUUGGCUCCCUCCUCCUACACCUGCCUCCUUCCCCCUACACCUGCCUCACCGUCUACACUUGCCUCCCUCCCCUACACCUGCCUCACCGUCUACACUUGGCUCCCUCCUACACCUGCCUCCUUCCCCCUACACCUGCCUCACCCCUUUACGCCUUCCUAACCCUAGUUCCUGCCUCACCCCUCUUCCCCACCUCACGCCCUGCACCCCGUACACCACCUGCCUCUCCUGCUCCAACCUCACCCCAAAGAGCAUGCACUCUUGUACCCAGCGACGGAAGUUGUCCAGCUGAGCCGCCUGUACAUACACUUGUCACCAGAAGCAUCAUUAUACCCUGCACCUGUAUAAUUAUUAUUUGUGCACGAAGAAGUAUUACGCCGUACAAGGCUGCACCUGAGGAAUGCCUCGUAGAAGAUUUGAUCCACAGCUUCAUGGCCAAGGCCCUUCCCGAGCACCGCUGAGGUUCUUGUUAACUUCCCUCCUCUGGUUGUUGGCUUCGGGUUCAACGAGCACGGCAUCGUAGAAGUUCCGCCCACAUUGAGGGUUCACUGCACGAUAAUGAGAUCGGUAAUUGAUUUUCACCAACUUCAUGAUGCCCUUCUUGCAGACGAUUACUACGUGGUGUACUCAGACCUUGACCUGGGUCUUCACCACCCGUCUCUCUCCGACCUCACUCCCUCCUGCCGUCUCGCCAGAACCAUGUCACCGCCACCCAAACCCCCGGUGCCUACCUUUGCGGACAGAAAGAGGGCAGCCCAGUCAAAGGUAGUGCCGGCACCGUCUCCCCCUCGUCGAAUUUCCUCAAAGUGGCACCCAUCGCUAAUCAAAAGCAAUAAAGAUCAACCACCAGUUCCUUCGGCUCGUUCUACAUCUGCAGAACGAGUGCGGGAAACUCGUGCCCUAUAUUCUUCUUGGCAUCGGGAGAAAGUAGCACGCUCAAGGGAGAAGCUUGGGGCAUCUCCUGCAAGAACUAGUUCCAUAGGGAGGUCACUUUCAGCUGCAAAACAGACUCAAGAAGCCAGGGAAAACUUUCUCAAGGGACGUCGCACCGUGUCCGAAUCACGGUUCACCAUUGAGGACCGGGAGAACUCUCCACCUCGUCGCUCACCAUCGUCAUCCAAGCCUACCUCACCUACCAGGCAGUCUGAGAUUCGCGAGAAAUUGCAAUCUAGAUCUCCCCAGAGAGAUGGACUUUAUGAUAAAGUUUGGGCAAGCAAACAUGAGGUUCAGGACCAUGCGUCUAUUCCCAGCCGAGGCCAUAAUCGAUCACUUAGCGCUGAUUCCACCAGGAAGUGGUCCAACACCUCGGCGGAAAGUGGUCGUUGCAGUGUCAUGAGGCACACAGUCAGUAGCAUGAACAAAAUUAAACGACCAUCACUUCAGCAUAACCAGACAGAGAGUGUUUGUCCUGGUCCUCGUAGUAGCAGUGCUGAGAGCAACUACAGAAGGCGACGAAGUGGUUGUUUAUCUCCUGAACCACAAAUAUCGAGUCGAAAGUCUCCUGUUAGCAGAAAAGAUAGCCGCUAUCGAGGUUCACCAUACUCCGAUGUUUCCACUGAGGUUUCUGAUGACAAAAAGUUGAAACAGAGUGAGAGUUUUGACACAACACAGAGUAAUGAGACAGGCUACUCAAGCAUGCUUGACCUUUCUACCUCACCAACACCUGAAAAGAAGAUGCCCGAGGACCGUGAGCGCCAACAGAGAAAAGCAUCCGAGACACAGUCACGACCUCACUCCACCCCAGUUCGUCGUUCCCGUAUUUCCACCUCUUUCCAUGAUCAGCGGAACAAAUGGGAAGCCUUGACUAGAGGAGAGUCUGUAGGAGGACGCCAGUCGCGUACCCCAUCACGAAGCACUUCGCCUCUGCGUUCUCUGCAGCUGGUUCGGCAAGUGAGUAGCAGUUUCAGGGACAUUCCUGUUGAGGUUUGGUCUGCUGGGUCGAGACGCAGUAGGAGUCUGGAUGUGCUGACACCGUCGCCCCACUCCCAUCCUCAUCGUUACCGGCAGUAUAUUUUAGAACUGAGGAAUGCUGCACCCCGUAAUGCUCGAAUCUCACAACUUCGACGUCUGUUUACAUCUCUUGAUAGAGUCCACCGCCUUGAGCGAUCUGUGAGUAGUGUAGAACUCUCGGCUGCACAAAACCGUGCCUAUGAGAUCAUAGACUUCGAGACAUGGAAGGGCAUGCGGGAGAAAGAGCGAAAGGCUCUUGAAUACAGCGUGUUGCUUAAAGAGCUCAAUGUUGCACAAAAGGAACGCGAGUUCUUAUACAAGGUGACUCCAGACAGGAAGUGGUCUGGUGACUGCAGAUUGCGAGGACGUGACGUAAGUGUUCCAGAGCUCUGCGAGAAAUUCUCCACUACUUCAGACAAUACCUCAGAGAUUACGCAGAAGCGCCGACGCGAGCUGGAUAACAACAAGGACACAUAUCGGGGUCUGUGGCGAGGCUCUUCAGUGCGUGAUCUCUCACAAAUGUAUCAGAGUCCGGAACGUCAUCGCAGCAGCAGCAGGCGUGGCUCUAGUCUGAGUCUUUCACGCGAAGAUUCAAGUAUGAGAGCCCGUGGCUUGUGGACCAGCCUCAGCCUAGAGCAAGUAAACGCCUUCCGUGAUCACCUCACUGAGAUCUAUGGUUCAAUGCAGAGUAUUCGCUCAUGGCGAGAAAGGAAACAGAUGAGCAGUGAGCGAGCACAAACCAGGAGCCAGCGGGAGUUAUCAAAAUAUAAUGUGGAUGUGGCAGAGACCGGACGUGCACUCGCCGACAAGUUACGCACUCUCCAUGUUCGUCCUCCAGCUGAACCAUCCCAGAGGUCCCAUACUAGGACUGUAUCUCCUCCCAGGCCUAAGAAAGCCAGCAGCCUCAACCAAAUUGAAGACGAGCGACGCCAGCUGUCCAAACAGCUGUCAAUUGAGCUCCAGGAAAAGGUGCUAGAGCAGAGGUCGGGCCGUGGCCUUCAGACAGCCUCAAGAGCAUUAGAUAGUUUGCAAGUUCCUGAUGUGUCUUUGUCUGUCAGCCCAGAAAGUCUGUCACGGUCAUCACCGCGCACUUGCUACUCACUAGACAUCUCUGAUUCCUCUGAACCAAAUUCCUUGAAUUCUGGUGAUCAGUUCCUUCUUGUGGUGCAAAAGCCUGGUCGAUCUGGUCGCAGCCAAAGCCUUCCACCUGAGCCUGUCAGUGACCCAGAGACAAGUGAUUCUGAGGUAUCAGUCAGAACAGUCGUUCAUAAGGACGUUGCAGGGAAGGUGAAAUUUUUUGAGAAGCGGGCACGUCGCAAUUCUAGGUCCUCUGAGCGCCAUUCUUCACGAGGCAGUCGUCUAAAUAUUGAUGAAGUUCCUCAUUAUGCUACGCUGCCAUCUCGCUUGAAACAGCAGUCUCAAAGCAAACUAUUAUCACCCAACUACCUGCCAGAAAGAUCUGUUUCAUCUGUGAACUUAACCAGUAAGGCAGAUGUUGCAUCUCAAGUCUGGAAAAUCUAUGACAAGACUAAUCCUCUGAGUGGCUCGUCAGUGCAGCGGCUUGCUGACCCAUCUCGAGAAAGAAAAGAUGGAGAUCCUACAUCCCGUUCCCGGUCAUAUCUCCACCAUGUUAAGACUGGUGAUGUUAGCCGCCUGAGGAGUCGCUAUGAAAGUCCUGAGGAAGCUCGAAGGCGGGCCAAGUCCCUACCAGAUGUGAAUGGUCCUCUAUCACGCGUGACUCCCACAGGAAAGACAUUUGUUCGAGGCCAGGAGGCAGGCGAUGUGCAGUAUAUGAGAGCUAAAUAUGAGACACCGAGACGGUCUCGUAGCCCCGAGCGCUGGCAACCCACCCGUGAUGAAUAUUUACCUAAAUCUAAAUUGACCUCAACUCUUCAGUCUUUAGCUGCUCGUUCCCCUGUCUUCAGUGAGCCCAACACAAUUGAGAGGCUAGCUCGGCGGGACUCUGUAGAGAAAGCUGUACUCCGAAGAGUGUACACUGGAAAUGUUGAAGCCUCAGUUGACCGUCUAGAGAACAAAAGGUUUGACUCAGGAUCAGGACUUUCCCUCAUUGGCCAGAUGUACACCUCGGCUCCUUCUGUCAACGAGCUAGCAACGAUGGCGCCUCUGGUGCCACCACGGCCGCCGCCACCACUCAUGGGACCACAGAAGCCUCAGCGCCUGGCUCGCAGCAACCCACAACCUCUGUUGACCUCAACACCCACUCCCUCGCCUGGGGAUGCCCGUGCUGUACACAAACAGCGGGCUUUACAAGUACAAGAACCAAUUUGUCCCCCACCCAUUGCUGUCCACCCACCUCCAGGCAUGUCUGCUACGUUUUCGCGUCCCUUUACCCACUAUAACGCCGACGCUCACCGUCCAAAGUCCCGCUACAUCCCACCUGAAUCUUACGGCACUUCUACUGCCAAGUCCUACGGCGAGGCUCAUGGGUCGUCCUGGACUCAGUCUCUGGAGCGACCCCAGCGUGUGACCCGCGCCAUGACGCACACCGCCUCGUCCCCAGCCUCCCAGCAUAGCACCCACUGCUACACCCUUCGUCACCAAGUCCAUUCCCGAGCCCACCACCAUCAUCAUCAACAACAACCACCACCACUACCCAAAAGCUCUCCUGCCGACCAUCACACAUACGCUCAACCAUACUCCUACUCCCACACCUGCUCCCAACCCAUACGCCCUCACCACCACCACUCCCACUACCAGUCCCUCAGCCAAGGGCGGGAGCAGAGCUACAGCAGCAAGGCCGUCUCCUGGAAAGGUGCUAGAGUUAUUUAUUUCAUGGCUUAAGUCUGGAAUGCCUUGAAUCGUUUCCGUCUUGGUGGUGGUCUUCAGACUUUUCAUCCCGGGGUCUUUUGAUCGCCAUUUCGUAACUAACUUCUUUAUUAACGACUAGAGUACUCGUCUUUAGUACAUUCUGUAGGAGUCGUUUACCAGUCUUAUUUUUCCUGCUGUUUAUUUAGCCUUAUUUUAAGUAAGAAGUUUUUCUUAGACUUUUCUAUCUCUUAGAUACCUGUUCCUCGUACCCUGUACAGUAGGUCCAUCAUCUUCAAAUGGAAGUCUGAAUCUACGUCUUUCACCCAUAAUUUUCCCCUUAAAAAAUACAAUAAGGGGAAUCUAUAACAUUAAGAUCAUUUGCAUGCUAAAUUCUGUCUUUUAAGUUAAGAUUAUUGUGGAUUUAAUUUUAUUCUGUUGUAAACAAAAUAAUUUAAAUGUGUUUAGUUAAUUUCAGUUAUUAGGUGUCAAUAUAUUUGCGUUUUAUGUAUAUGUUGGUAGUAUUUUUUUCAAUUAUUUUCACUCUUAAUUUUCCUUAUUUCCUUUCACUCUCUUUGUCAUUCUCCUGUCACUACUCAAGCAGAGGUACAGCCCUCACAUUCAUAGUCUCCUGCGAGUGUAAACUCUCUGGUUUAUUGUCACAUUUACACCCGUCUCUUUCAUGUCUUUUAUCCCCGACCGUCUAAGUGGUUGGGCACCAUUCCUUUCCCCCGUCCCAUCCCAAAUCAUUAUCUUGACCCCUUUCGAGUGCUAUAUAUAGUCGUAAUGGCUUGGUGCUUUAUCCUGAUAGCUCUCCCCAUCCCUUCCUUCAUGUCUUGCCAGCCAUACAUUUCCCUUUGUCGCCCCUUAGAUCAUCCCCUUAUCUCGCCACAUUAGCUACUAUUUCCUCACUUUACCCCCUACCUCCCCGCCCCUUAUCUCGCGAAAGGGGGGGGAAUAUAAGAGGCCAGACUGUUAUCUUUCUCCUUCUCCCCGAUAUGUCGCUCUCUUCCAUCUUUGUUUUAUCAUUCCUGGUUUUGUCUCCUUGUUAUUCUUUACCAUCCUGCGCUUCCUCGUUCUAUGUCGUCCCGGCCUUCCUGUCGUUCUUCUCACCCCUGUCCUUGUUACGUAUUUAUUUAAUGCUUUAUUCACUUUAUAUCUGCUUUCAUUCCCCAUUUCCACCCUUUAUUUCGCUGCUCUUAGCGCCCCUGUUUUAUCCCUUCCCUUUAUCACCCUUUAUUUCACCUCCUUAGCACCACGUUUUUGUCACCCCUGGUCUUCUUGUCACACUAAAUAAUUCUUUGUUUGUGAAACCCUCAUCUUGCCUCAAUACCACCCCUUGUUUUCUCCCCCCUGUAUCACCCUUUAUCUUUCCACGUUAUCAGCCCUUAUCUUGCCCCUUUGUCACCCCUUACCGUGUCGUCGUCUU